AUGCAGCCGUCAAUCCGUCCCGCCGUGGCCGCAGCGCGCCGCGUCGCAACCAGCCUCACCCCACUGAGAACCGCCGCCAUCCGCCCGCUUGCUCUUGCGUCAGUCGUGACGCCCCUCAGUAGUAAUGCAUUCGCGCCGAGACCCUUCUCCUCCAGCGCAGCGGCGCUCAGCAGUGCCGGCGGUCUCCCAUUACCCAUCAACCUGCCGAAAUGGCUCGCCGAGAACUCGCACCUCCUCCAGCCGCCGGUCAACAACUACUGCGUGACGAACGAGCACAUGACGGUCAUGAUCGUGGGCGGGCCCAACGCGCGCACCGACUACCACAUCAACGGCACGCCCGAGUGGUUCUACCAGUACAAGGGGCGCAUGCUGCUCAAGGUCAUCGAUGAGGACCACGACUCGCCCACCAAGCCCUUCCGCGACAUCUACAUCAACGAGGGGGAAAUGUUCCUGCUGCCGCCCAACGUGCCCCACAACCCCGUGCGCUUUGCCAACACGGUCGGCAUCGUGCUCGAGCAGCCCCGCCCCGAGGGCAGCGUCGACAGGCUGCGCUGGUACUGUCAGGGCUGCGGUGGUCAAGUGCAUGAGAAGAGCUUCCACUGCACGAAUUUGGGCACGCAGAUCAAGGAGGCCGUGAACGCCUUCAAGGAGGAUGAGCAGGCGAGGACCUGCAAGAAGUGUGGGACGCUGUGUGAUGUUGUGCCGAAGCAAACAUCAUGA